AUGUCUUGUGCCGCAUCCACAACCUGUGGGGUUAGUUCUUGUGCGACAUCUGCGCCUGCAGUCACAAGCACUGUUUCCGGUACUUCUAGCGUACUAUCUGGUUUCGGACAGAACCAUCCCGCUUCCAAGCUCACUGAAGAGCAAAAGGAGGCGCUGAAAAAGAAGCAAGAGGCACGCGAAGAGAAGAAGCGACAGGAAAGGGAGAUCCGAUACAGAAAUUGGGCCGACACCAAGGCCAAACUCUCCGACGCGACUAGCAAGAAGGCCAAACUUCGUCUAUACGCAACCUUGCUGAGGCUAAGACUUCACCUCUAG